AUGGGCAAUACUGAACUUCCCAGCAAAGACUCGGCGGAUCUAUACCUCGUCGAGGCCACCGAUGAAGAGACACUUGCACAAUCGCACGCCAACAGCGACGAGUGGAAGGGUGCUCUGAAUCUCGAACAGUACCUUCGACGCGAAGAACACAUUGCAAAUCAAGAGCUCACCAAGAAUGGCGGAAUGACUACUUGGAUGCUCGUCCACCAGCCAGAUCCGAGUGGCCCUCGCCGAGUGUUGUGCGGCUGCGAGACGAUCAAAAAACAGGCACUGGCUGCCAAAGAUGGCAAGCUUGAGGAUGUUUCAUGCCACGCGGUCUGUUCAGUCUUCUGUCCGGCCGAAUUUCGAGGCAAAGGAUAUGCAGGGAGGAUGAUGACUGAACUGGGAAAGCGACUGAAUAAGUGGCAAGUGGACGACAAGAAGCCUGCUCUGUUUAGCGUGCUCUACUCAGACAUUGGGAAGAAGUUCUAUGCGGCCCGAGAUUGGCACGUCUUUCCUUCCAGCGAGAUAUCACUCCCAGCGAGCCCCUCUGCUGAACAGCUACCUGCCGGCGUCAAGCUGCUGAAAAAGGAGGAUCUCACAGAGUUCUGUGCGUUGGAUGAAAAGGUUCUGCGGAAGAGGCUAUCGAAGUCUACGGGGGGAUAUACGGUGGCCUUGAUACCAGAUAACCGCACACUUGCAUGGCAUCAUUCUCGUGAGGAAUUUGUCGCACAGGAGCUUUACGGCAAGGAUCCGAGUAUCAAAGGGGCCGUCAUCGGUGAGCCUGGUCAACGUAUAUGGAUGUAUUGGACAAGAGUAUGGGGCAAUCCCACAGAGAAAUCGCCCAACACACUUCAUAUCCUUCGGCUAGCUUUCGAGGACGAUACGUGGUCGGAUUAUGCUGCAGCGACGUUAGAUGGUGCUGUAGGUCUGAAGGGAUCUCCACCAGUUCACGGCAUAGCAGCGCUGUUUGCUGUCGCUCAGGCUGAAGCGUCUGCGUGGGACAUGAAAGAGAUUUUGCUUUGGAACCCUUCAUCCGCAGCACUAGCAGCAGCACAGCAGAUUCAUCCUCAAGCAAGCGUUGUGCAUCGCGAGGAAGAGAGUAUAACGAGUCUGCGGUGGUAUGGAAGCGGAUCUUGGGAAGAUGUCAGAUGGGAAGCGAAUGAAAAGUACGCAUGGUGCUAA